GCGGAAUAGCGGAUGUUUAAAUACUUGGGUUGACGUCACUAAACUUUUCAAGAAGCGGUGCGCGCCGUCCGCGUUUGUGAAUAGAGACGGAACAGAACCGUGCAUGAACGAGAGAGAGCUGGGCGACAAGGAGACCGUACAAAACAAGGAAUCUUUCACUUCAUUCGGAGAGAGGGAACUGAUGAGUCAGAGGGGAGGAUAGAUGAGUGACAGACACUAGUGGGUUCCAGACACACAAAUCUAAACCAAGAAGCAUUUUCCAGCUGUAGCAAAUUGGCUCAAAUAAAGAGCCUACAUUUGUACCUACAUCCACAGCUGUCAGAAGUCUCCGUCCUACGAUCUUAGUAAAAAGGCUCCUGAUCCACUGCAGAGCCCAGGUCUCAGUACCACCAUAGAAGCUAUCGCAGUAUGAACCGAGCUUUCAACAGGAGAAAAGAUAAAUCUGGAGGGAUGACAUCCCCAGAGGCUUUGGCCAAGAAUCACACAGUGUAUAAUGUCAAGUUCCUUGGCGUAACAGAGGUUGACCAACCAAAAGGCACAGAUGUCAUAAGGAUAGCAGUGAGAAAGCUGAAGUUCCAAAGGCAUAUCAAGAAAUCAGAGGGACACAAAACACCGAAGGUGGAGCUGCAGGUGUCCAUCUACGGAGUGAAAUUAUUAGACCCCAAGACCAGAGAUGUACAGCACAACUGUCAGCUUCAUAGGAUAUCCUUCUGCGCGGACGACAAAACCGACAAGAGGAUAUUCACCUUCAUCUGCACAGAGCCAGAGACCAAAAAACACAUCUGUUAUGUGUUCGACAGUGAAAAAUGUGCAGAGGAGAUCACCGUCAGCAUUGGUCGAGCAUUUGACCUGGCGUACAGGAAGUUUCUGGAGUCUGGCGGGAAAGACGUAGAGAUGAGGAAACAGAUCGGCAGUCUGCAGAAAAGAAUUCUGGAACUGGAAACUGAAAAUUCCAAGUUGAAAGAACGACUUCAAGAUCUAGAGGAUCACAUGGCAGAUUGUCAAGGCUCACCGCUUCUACACUUGAACUCUUCUAACGAGGCCCACAUGCUGCCGAGUCCCUCGUCUAUGUUCUGGGGUGACAGUGUCAGCCUGAACGCCCUUUCCUUUCUAGAGAUGUCCUCUGUGGCUCUAACCCCAGCCAGCUCUCCAGACUCCAGUAUCUCCGCUGGUCUACUAACGCCUCCACCCAGUAAACCUACCCAGCCCAGGCUACCGCAGCAUUAUGGAGGUUGCUUACCUCGACCGCGAGCAUGGAGCACCAUAUCCAGGCGUCCCCCGACGGACGUUUUCGACAUGGUUCCAUUCUCCUCAGGGUCUCCUAUGGCAAGGAAACCUGUCCUCAAUGGGUCUUCUCCUCCUCCUCCCUCCUUUUCCCCUCCUCCACCUCCUCCACAUGUUUUCCUGAGAGAGAGAGGAACAGAUAUUUUGGGGGUGGAGCCUUUUGACCCGUUCCUCUGCAACACGUCCUUUCCUCCUGACGUCCAAUCUAAACUGGAUGAAAUGCAGGAGGGGUUCAAUAUGGGACUAACCCUGGAGGGCACCAUCUUCUCUCUGGACCCAGUGGACAGUCGCUGCUGACCGCACCACAACCCUAACAUGGACAGUUGACGCUGACCACAACGCAACCCUAACAUGGACAGUUGAUGCUGACC